AUGGGCAUCAGCUCCCCCUCUCAGCAGGCGGAAAACGAAGCCAAAGCUCGUUCCCUGAUCACCAUCGAUGAGGCGGAGCCCACCACCAACAUCCAGAUCCGGCUGGCAGACGGUGGGCGCCUUGCUGUGGGCCCCUCUUCCUUAGCUCAAGCUCCGUUGGUGGCUCCCGUCACGGGAAGCGACGCAGGGCUGCGUCGCGCGGAGAUCAAACCCGGUUUGCGUGAGAUCCAACUAUGCAAGGACGAACGUGGGAAGACCGGACUGAAGCUGAGGAGCAUUGAUAAGGGACUCUUCGUGCAGUUGGUCAAAGCCAACUCUCCGGCAGCUCUGGCGGGGCUGCGUUUCGGUGAUCAGAUCCUCCAGAUCAACGGGAGGAACUGCACGGGGUGGAACAUGGACAAGGCGAAGCGGGCGCUGAAGAAGGCCUCGCCGGAGAAGAUCCUUAUGGUGGUUCGGGACAGGCCUUUCCAGCGAACGGUGACCAUGCACAAAGACGGCACUGGCCAUGUGGGUUUCGUCAUUAAGCGAGGCCAGAUCACCUCACUGGCCAGAGACAGUUCUGCGGCCCGGAACGGACUCCUCACCAAGCAUCACAUCUGCGAAGUCAACGGACAGAAUGUCAUUGGCCUGAAGGACAAGGAGAUCACCGAAAUCCUGGCCAACGCUGGAAAGAUCAUCACGCUCACCAUCAUCCCGGCCGUCAUCUACGAGCACAUGAUUAAAAAGCUCUCAAGCGGAUUAGUCAAGUCGUCCAUGGAUCGUUCGGUCCCCGAUAUAUAAAUUUUUCGCCUCCUUCGUUUGAUCUCCGAUGUGAGCUGCACAACUGCCUGGGACGGCCCUGGAAUUCUCCGGAAUUAUUCUAGCAAGAAGAGGAAAAGGAAAUAAUAAUGGACAAAUAUAUUGCUUUCAUAUUUUUGUGU